AUGCUUUGGUCCCGUGCUUUUAUCCUAUUUUUGGGAUCACAGAAGAAGAAAAGUCAUGUUCAAGCUGCCCCGCCUGCUCCUACAGAUGCCAACUACGACACUUGGUGUGCUGAUGAUUGCUCCGUCAUGACUUGGAUUCUUAAUAGCCUAGAACCAGCUAUCAGCCAGAAUAUCAUGUGCUUGGAUACUGCCAAAGCCAUGUGGGAUGCUCUACGGGAGAUGUUCUUCAAUGACAAAAACGUCUCUCGGGUAUUUGAAUUGUAUGAGAAACUUUUCUCUCAUACUCAGGAUACUCAGUCAGUCAGUGAUUACUUCUCUACUCUGAAAGGCCUUGCUGAUGAGAUUUUGGUUUAUCAUUCUCUUUCCUGUGAUGCCACAACAAGAGCAAAACAAUGGGAGGAAUUUAUGGUAGCAAAAUUUUUGUCAGGUCUUAAUGCUGAUCUCCAGCCACUUCGAGAUAGCUUGAUGGCUAGUGAUACCAUUCCAACGUUGUCUAACGCGUUGUCUCGUGUUCUUCGUGUCUCCACUGGGCGUACGGAAUCCACCUCUUUUGAGAGUUCAGCUAUGUCUGCUCGCGGUCAAGGUUUGUAUGGUGGACGUGGCCGUGGACAGGGACGUGGCCGAGGACGAGGAAGAGGGUUUCAUGAUCGACUAUGUGAUCAUUGUGGUCGUUCGAAUCACGAGUCUGAUAAAUGUUAG